AUGCAGCUUACCCCGACACCGCUGUACUUUGCUCUCCUUCUUGUGGAGUUCACUACUGGUGUUGUGGGGCAACUCAACCUCUGGGCCGAUAGGCGACUUGUAGCCCGAAUAAUCGAAUCCAUUCCGCCGAACGGCAAGGACUAUUCAAGUCUCAAGUGCCCUAGGCAGCGUCCAGAUAUAACCCAACACAUUCCACCGCAGCUCUUCCUCGUGCUGAAUGGUCAUAUUCUGCAGGAGGUAUACGACAAGAUUCUCCACAGCGUUCACAGACCCUUGCCUCCGCAGAUAGAGAUUAUUCGCCUGAAAUGGCGUGCUGGUCUUGAAAGGCUGACUUACAAUAUCUCCAUGGUCUCCUUGAACAAGACCCUACUUUUCGACCCUCUCUUGAACGUUGCCAACUACGGGAUAGUUCCAGCUAUGGAAUCAGAUGUACAAAUUACACUUGCCUGUACAGGUAAGAUGACAGGAUUUGCACCAUUCAAGCUUUACUUGGACGUGAGGCGCGAAUUCGAGGGGCUUCGCAAAAUUCCUCGCAUCGAUUUCGUCGCUCAAAAGUACUGCCUCAGCAAAAAGAGGUCCAAGAAGUUUCAUAUCAAGUGCGACUGUCGGGCCCAAUGCCAGAAACUCUUCCCACCCUCAUACUUUAGCAAGCCAUACAGGACCAAGUGCAAUCAACAAUGUCGACGUGACUUGAGUUCGCAGGGUGGCGGAAGUCGGUACAAUUACUACUUCCACCACAGCCAACGACAGCACAUUGAAUGA